AUGACCACCUAUUUCCAGGCAUCAGCGGCAUGGCGGACUCGCCUGACUUCAGCUGCAAGCGUUCGUCAUUGCAUCUCCGGGUUCUCCCACCCAAAAGUUGGAUCUCCUCGUCAUCCCUUGCCCUCACAUCGAGGUGUUACAACCGUCGUCGAUCAGACCAAGCACGACAACAAUCCUGACCAAGAUAAGCGUGCUGAGCACGUAAAGGCCGGGAAAAGCGCAACGUCGAGUGAAGGCAGAGGCCACCCAGCGAAGCAGCCAGAUCCGCAGAAGCCUCCGGAACGGUCCACUGGUUUUGAGACUGAAGGUCCUGACGGCAAAUCUGGCGAAGGAAAGGAUACUGGCGGUGUGCAUAAACAGGAAAAGCCAGAGUUGACACCAUAG